AAUGUCAAAUUUUAAUAUUUUUCUGGAAAACUGUCCACGACCGAAAACUGACACGCUUUCAGUUUAAUUUCAAAGCGAUUGUACAUUCUUAUCAAUUAAUUUAUUUAUUUUUAAGAUCUAACACUACCCCUGGACUUACUUUGAUUCAUAAUAAACUGCAAAGAUGAGUACGAUAUUGGAGAAAAUUGCCGCUAUCGAGGCCGAGAUGGCCCGAACACAAAAAAACAAAGCCACAGCUCUCCACUUGGGUAUAUUGAAAGCUAGACUUGCUAAAUUGAGACGAGAAUUGAUCACACCCAAGGGCGGCGGCGGAGCUACUGGCGAAGGUUUCGACGUUGCCAAAACCGGUGAUGCCCGUAUCGGUUUUGUGGGCUUUCCUUCUGUGGGAAAGUCAACAUUGCUGUCUAACUUAGCCGGCGUGUACUCUGAGGUGGCAGCGUAUGAGUUCACAACGCUGACAACUGUGCCGGGUUGUAUUAAAUACAAGGGGGCUAAAAUUCAGCUGCUAGAUCUCCCCGGUAUUAUCGAGGGCGCUAAAGACGGCAAGGGCCGCGGUCGGCAGGUCAUCGCCGUGGCCCGCACGUGCAGUCUCAUCUUCAUAGUGCUGGACGUCCUCAAGCCGCUGCAGCACAAGAAACUCCUGGAGCAUGAGCUCGAAGGCUUCGGGCUCCGGUUAAACAAACAGCCACCGAACAUACACUUUAGGAAAAAAGACAAGGGUGGAAUCAACUUGAAUACUACGUGUCCCCAAUCUGAGCUGGACCUAGAAGCGGUGAGGACAAUCCUCUCCGAAUACAAGAUUCCCAACGCGGACAUCACGUUGCGGUACGACGCGACCAGCGACGAUCUGAUCGACGUCAUUGAAGGCAACAGGAUAUACGUGCCCUGCAUCUAUCUACUGAACAAGAUCGAUCAAAUUAGCAUAGAAGAGUUAGACGUCAUCUACAAAAUCCCUCACUGCGUUCCCAUCUCGGCUCACCACAAGUGGAACUUUGACGACCUUCUAGAAAAGAUGUGGGAAUACCUGAAACUGAUCAGGAUAUACACCAAGCCCAAAGGACAGCUGCCCGAUUACAAUGCCCCGGUCGUUCUGCAUGCUGAUAAGACUUCGAUUGAAGAUUUCUGUAACAAACUCCAUAGGUCGAUUGUGAAGGAAUUCAAGUAUGCUCUCGUAUGGGGAUCUUCAGUGAAGCAUCAGCCGCAGAAAGUGGGAAUUGAACACGUGUUGGCCGACGAAGAUGUUGUACAAAUUGUUAAGAAAGUCUAAGCCUGUAGGAAAUAAUGCUCAAAGUUCGACUCAAACUCAAGAUAGACUUAAAAGCAUGAUUGGAUUAUCAAUAUUAUUAGAACGAUCUUAAAGGUUGAAUUGGGGAUUGCAUUUGAGUCGAAUUUUGAGCGUUGUAUUAAAAUAUGGACCUAAAUACACUAAACGUGUUGAAAAAGUAUAAUGUUUUUACGAAACGAAAUGUGUAUCGAUAAAUGAUAUUACGUUCACAUAGUCAUGUAGCGUAGGGCGUUUGACAGUUAAAUGAGAAGUCGGUGCGUUCGCGGGGCUUUGUCGUUCCGUAUAAAUACGCAUGAACUAAGUACGCCCCGCGAAUGCCCUAAGACUUCUGAGAAAAUUAUUAGACAACCUCUAUAGAAUAAAACUUGCGUCGCAGCUCUAGUGCACUGGUUAGGAACAGUCGAUAGCACUCCAAACUAUUUUUUU